CCUCUUUGCGAAGCUAAAGUACCGCACAGUCGAAGCUAGAGCAGCUGUAACAUCUGCUGUUCACCCUCCCCGAACCCCGUUUUGUGAUAAAGCUGUGCGUUUUUUUAAUCAGUAAAGUUUUGUUUUCUUUGCUUUCGUAUUUUAUUGGACACGACUUAAGUGUUGCUGAUAGUUUGUUUGUUUUUUUGUUUGAAGUCGCCGAAUAAAUGAAUACGCUCAGGGACUCGGCGAUUGAACGUUUUCACUUGCGAUAAAUUAUCAUUUUUACAGAUUUUCUGUUAAGGACAGCGCACGAGAAGCAAACAUUUGGAUUUCGGCAAGGAAGUAGCUGCUGUUUUUGUACAGUUUGAGCCUUUGAAGUAUUUCCUAAAAGCGGGGUACUGGAUGGAUAUGGCUUGGAUCACAUGGAACCUUUUACUUUCCAUAGGUUUUUUCGUUUCACCAGCGUUCACGGCCAGGGAGCAAAGUGGAUUUAGGAGAUAUUACGUGUUGCAGCCGGGACCAAGCGGUACGGAUAGGGUGCACGUGAGUUCGAUUUCAUCCCGCAGUGGGUCCGUGGGACAGCCUCACUCGUAUAAUGUGGAACUCAGGACCAGCUACGGUGGCCAAGUUCGGAAUCGUAGGAUGGGGACGCAAGCGAACCCAAGCUUGCCGCUUCGCCAGGAUACUCAGAUCACACAGCAACAGAAGCAACCGAUUCGGCACACAAGUCAUCAAAUCAAAAUUUCGGGGGUGAACGUCUGCGGGGGGCAGUGCUGUCAGGGAUGGAGCAAAGCUCCGGGAUCCCAGAGGUGCACGAAACCUAACUGUCUGCCCCAGUGCCUGAACGGCGGCAUGUGCCUGAAGCCCCAGCACUGCGUCUGCAAGCCGGGCUCCAACGGCAAGGUGUGCGAGCACAAGACCACCAGCACGCCCUCGCUCAACCCCCCCGCCACGGGGAAGGGCCAGCCCAGCGGGAACCCCCAGCGGCCCAUCCCCCAGCAGGCGCCCCCCCCCGCCGGCGGCGUCCCGCAGAUGACCCUGACCGUCAAACAGCAGCCGCACCUCGUCCGGCCCCAGCUCGUACCCCAGCAUGUCCGUUCCCCUCUCUCCAUGACUGUUCACCGAAGCAGCAGCCAGCAGUUCGUCAUGAAGCCCAAGUACUACCACACCCACACCCAGGUGCACAGCUCCGGCACGCCCAUCAACAGGCCCAUCCCCCUCUCUGUGGGCCACGCCCCCUUCCAAGUGGGGAACCACACGGGGCGCAUCAAGGUGGUCUUCACCCCCACCAUCUGCAAGGUCACCUGCAACGGCAGGAAGUGCCAGAACAGCUGCGAGAAGGGCAACACCACCACCAUCAUCAGCGAGAACGGCCUCGCCACCGACACGCUCACGGCCCCCAACUUCAGACCUGCCCCGCUCCGUAACCGCACACGCCGGGGCCCCGGCGACGCCCGACACGCGUCUCAAAACCUCAUCAGGCUGCCCAGACCCGCGCCGCAGACGCCGGCCAAUCGCGAGGCGGCUCUCGCUCCCACGCGUGGCAGUGGCCCCCUGGAGCUCCGCGCGUUAAUGGAUGCGCUCCUGGGCUCCUCCUCCUCCUCCUCCUCCUCCUCCUGGAUGAUUGAUGAGCCACUUGCUCUGCCCUGCAAGCCGCAUGCGAAUUGUCGCGACGUUGACACUCUGUCUCUGGCCUUCUCUGCCCGUUCAGCUGCCUUCAAGGAGAUCUGCCCCGGCGGGAUGGGGUACACGGUGACCGGGACCUACCGUCCGAAACCGGUCAACCCACCGGACAGCAGGCCCCGAAUCACGCACGAGGCGCCCCAGGUUCCCCCUCUCCCGUUACCCACGGUCCAGAGACCCGUGGAAGCUCUGAGCGUCACUGAGAGACAGCUCCCGGACGUCCCAGUAGUCACGGCAGCGCCAGAGGAGGAACUCGUUACGCUCGGUGUUAGCAAUAAUUCGGUAGUAGAGCCCGGCCAGCCCCAGCUUUCCCCCGGCGUGUCGACCAUAAGGAUGGAGCCCGCCUACCCAGAGGUGGUGGAGAAGACGUCUCCUCCCGCCCCCGUCGAAAUCCUCCCUUCCAGCGCCAGCCAGGACAUCGCGCCCACCCAGCUGGCAGAGGUGGAUGAGUGUCUGGUGAGCCCGGUCAUAUGUGGCCCAGGUGUCUGCAUUAACUCAGCAGACGGCUACACCUGCAUUUGCGACUACGGUUACCAGCUGGAUGAGGAGGGGACCACCUGUGUAGAUGUGGACGAGUGUGCCCAGGGCCCGCCGCUGUGCGCCAACGGCCGCUGCAGGAACACGGACGGGAGCUUCCGGUGCGCGUGCCAGCCCGGCUUCGCCGCCGGCGAGGAAGGGACCAGCUGCGUCGAUGUGGACGAGUGCCUGACCCUGGGUGUUUGCGGUGACGAGGGCUUCUGUGUCAACAGCAUGGGCUCCUACACCUGCCGGCACUGCGAGGCCGGCUACAGGAUGACCCCGACGGGUCACUGUGCAGAUGUCAAUGAGUGCUUGGACCAGGCCAUCUGUCCCUCUGGGAUGUGCACCAACACCCAUGGAUCAUACGAAUGCGAGCCUUGCCCCGAGGGCUUCGAAGGCAAGGGCGGCCAGUGUGUCGACGUGGACGAGUGCCUCGACCCCGCGGCGUGCGCCAACGGCGAGUGCUCCAACUUCGAGGGGUACUUCGCCUGCGCGUGUCACCGCGGCUACCAGCUCGGCGCGGAUGGCCGAUCGUGCGCAGAUGUGGAUGAAUGCUGGGAUGAGAGAAUAUGCUCCAGGGGUCACUGUCAGAACACAGAGGGGUCCUUCAUCUGCAGCUGUGGGCCGGGCUUCAAGGUCUCACUGGCCGGGGACCAGUGUGAUGAUGUGGACGAGUGCCAGGAGCUGGUGGAGCCCUGCGGCAGCGUGGGGCAGUGUGUCAACAACAUGGGGUCCUACCACUGCAGCUGCCCCCAGGGCUACCAGCAGGUCAAUGGCACCAGCUGCCAAGAUGUUGACGAGUGUCUGGACGACCCCGAGCUGUGCGGCCCCCACGGGGAGUGUCUGAACACCGAGGGCUCCUUCCAGUGCGACUGCGGGCCGGGCUUCACCGCCAACCAGGACACGCGCACCUGCGAGGAUGUUGAUGAGUGCGCACUGCUGGGCCAGAGCAUAUGUGGGGCGUGGCGCUGCGAAAACACCCCGGGGUCCUACAAGUGCGUGGUCAACUGCCCCCCCGGCCACGCCCUGGGACCCAACGGCUUUUGUGCGGACGUGGACGAGUGCGCGCUCAACAGCACGGCGUGCGGCCCGCACGGCUUCUGCGAGAACGCCAUCGGCUCGUUCCGCUGCGCGUGCGACCGCGGCUUCCAGGAGUCCCCGGACGGGCUCGGCUGCGUGGACGUGAACGAGUGCGAGCUCCUGAGCGGCGUGUGUGGCGAGGCGCUCUGCGACAACGUGGAGGGGGCCUUCAUGUGCGUGUGCCCCAAGGAGAACCAGGAGUACAACCAGAUGACCGCCAAGUGCAGCCCCUCCCCGACAGUGUCCUCUGUGGAAAGGAAGGAGUGCUACUACAACCUGAACGACGAGAACCUGUGUGAGAACGUGCUGACCAGCAGCGUCACCAUGGAGGAGUGCUGCUGCACUCUGGGGGCCGGCUGGGGCGACAACUGUGAGGUGCACCCCUGCCCCGUGCAGGGCACAGAUCAGUUUGCCCAGAUGUGCCCGGCAGGGAAGGGCAGCGUCCCGACUGGAGACUCCAUCUUCGGGACGGCGGCCUCCAGCCACAAAGAUGCGGACGAGUGCCUUCUGUUCAGCCAGGAGAUCUGCAAAGACGGCUUCUGCUUGAACACGGCCGGCAGCUACGAGUGCUACUGCAAGCAGGGCCUGUACUACGACGAGGUCAAGCUGCAGUGCCUGGACAUUGACGAGUGUCUGGACGAGAGCACCUGCGGAGGCAGUGGGCAGUGCAUGAACUCGCACGGCUCCUACAUGUGCUUCUGCAACCCCCCGAUGAUGCUGAACCCGGACAGCAUGCGCUGCGAAUCUGCCCCCACGGUCUCGGAGCCUGCCGAGCAGACCGAUAUCUACCAGGACAUUUGCUGGCAGACGGUGACGCAGGAGUCCCUGACCUGCACCAGCCCGCUGACCGAGAGGAAGACCACCUACACGGAGUGCUGCUGCCUGUACGGAGAGGCCUGGGGCAUGGACUGCGCACUCUGCCCGAUGAAGGACUCGGAGAGCUACGCCACCAUGUGCAACAUGCCCCACGGCCAGGGCCGACGCCCCUACGGUCGCGACGCGCUGCCCCCCUCCGAGCACGACUACCCCGUCCACGAGGUGCCCCCGGAGUACGGCUCCCAAUCCCAGUCGCCCCGCUACCUCCCCGACUACGAGAACCAAGAGCAUGCGUACGACGCAUUUGAGGGCCUGCGGGCGGACGAGUGCGGCAUCCUGAACGGCUGUGAGAACGGGCGCUGUGUGCGCGUGCAGGAGGGCUACACCUGCGACUGUUUCCACGGCUACACCCUGGACAUGUCCCGCAUGGCCUGCGUGGAUGUGAACGAGUGUUCCGAGCUCAAAGAUGAUCGGAUGUCGCCGUGCCAGAACGGCAAGUGCAUCAACACACAGGGAUCCUACAAGUGCGUCUGCCUGCCGGGCUUCGAGGCGUCCGAUAGGCCCAACUACUGCGUCCCCGGCAACAAGGAGGAGGCGGCGGCGGCAGCUGCCGCGAGCGAGUGACCCAGGAUGCCCACUAGGGGGCGACAAACAUUAAACACAUUUAUUUAAUCCAAGCCCAUAUACUCUGCACUGUAUAAAACUAAAUGAGACAAAAAAAUAUAUAUAUAUUCUUACUUGAGAUGAAGAUGGAAAAAAAGAAAACAAAACUAAAUUUUAACCUACUACGUGGCGCCUGUACGGAGGAAGCGAAACAAAGCAUUGUAUAAAUAUGUGUUUGUUUGUUUGUUUUUAUAGUUAUUAUAAUUAUUAUUAUUGUUAUUAUUAUUAGAAGGAGUUUAGGCGUGUAAGGGGGACGCUUGUGCUCCUAUCGCAAUGACAAACCCUACGGACUCUUGCUGGGGGAUAAGGUUUUAAAAAAAAAAAAAAAA